CAAUGGAGGCUUGUGGUUUAGUGACAGCAGGCUCGGCUAGCAGGCUGCGUGUUCUCUGUAAUGUUACCUGCCGCCGCCGCCAUUGAUUACCAGCUAUUUGCAAUACAAGGCACAGCGUACAACACGACUAAGAGCAGGCGGAGUCACCACCGAGAUUAAGGAUGGCAUCAGACACGUUUUCCCACAACCAUGGUUCCAAAGGGAUCAUGACGUUCUACCCCACAGUGGAGGAGUUCAAGAAUUUCAGCCGGUACAUUGCGUAUAUUGAGUCCAAGGGAGCACAUUUUGCAGGCUUGGCAAAAAUUGUUCCUCCAAAGGAAUGGAGGCCUCGAGGUUCUUAUGACGACAUAGACGAUUUGGUGAUUCCAGCACCCAUUCAGCAGGUGGUGACGGGCCAGUCAGGCCUUUUCACUCAGUACAACAUUCAGAAGAGGUCCAUGACUGUCAGAGAAUUUAGAAAGAUUGCCAACAGUGACAAGUUCUGUAGCCCACAUUAUGAUGAUUUUGAGGAGCUUGAAAGGAAAUACUGGAAGAAUGUCACAUUUAACCCUCCCAUAUAUGGGGCGGAUGUUAAUGGAAGCUUGUAUGAACCGCAUAUCAAAGAGUGGAAUAUUUGCCACUUGGAUACCAUCUUGGACACUGUGGAACGUGACAGCGGCAUCACCAUUGAGGGUGUCAACACACCAUACUUGUAUUUUGGCAUGUGGAAGACCACCUUUGCAUGGCACACCGAGGACAUGGAUCUCUACAGCAUCAACUACUUGCAUUUCGGAGAGCCCAAAUCAUGGUACUGCGUCUCCCCAGAACAUGGAAAAAGACUGGAGCGUCUGGCCACAGGGUUUUUUCCUGGUAGUGCUCAAAAUUGUGAAGCGUUUUUAAGGCACAAGAUGACCCUUAUAUCUCCAUCCAUACUGAAGAAAUACGGCAUUCCGUUUGAAAAGAUUACUCAGAAGGCUGGCGAGUUCAUGAUCACGUUUCCUUACGCCUAUCAUGCUGGGUUCAAUCACGGGUUCAACUGUGCAGAGUCCACCAACUUUGCUACGGAGAGGUGGAUUGAAUACGGCAAGCAGGCGGUUUUGUGCUCCUGUCGCAAAGAUAUGGUGAAGAUUUCCAUGGAUGUGUUCGUUAAGAAAUUCCAGCCAGAUCGCUAUGAACAGUGGCUCCGAGGACGAGACAACACACCCAUCAACCACUCGCGGCCUACCCCUGAAGCCAAGGAGUUUUUGAAGGAUACCGUUUCUGACAUGAGCUGUAGCAGCAACAGUAGCUGUGGGGAAGAUGGAGAGAGGAAGAGCACACAUAGGAUAGAAACUAAAAGACACCGGGUGUGUCUGGAAGUGCCAGACGAGGUUGUUCCCAAGGAUGAAGACGAUGCGGUGCAGUACGGAAAGCGCCCCAGGCUGAGCCUCAUACCCCCACGGACUAUUGUACAAGACGGCAAGAAAAACAAAGGUCCACCAAAGCUGGUUGUGACGCCGACCAAGCUCACGCUGAUGGAUCCGUUUCACAGGAGUUUGACCCACAGUAACAGCGACGGAGGCCGUACGCCUCAUUAUACCAAAACCCGAGCGCCUGCAAUCUCGUCUCAGUCGAAUCACAGAAACGGACAUCUCUCGGUUUCCGUGACGCCUACGUGGACGGAUGCCGCCGCUCAACCCGUCCGCAAAAUGGGCGUGGCCAGCCUGCUCUUCCACAGAACUCUGAGUCCCAAAGACACUCUCCAGGUGCACAGCUACACGCUGGAGAAGCAGCGGCAGCCGCACACGCAGCUGCAGGUCCACAGCUACGCCAGAGAGCACCAGCCCCGCCUCCUCCCGAUCAAAACCUGCUCGCACACAGAGGUCCGGCCGUCGGAGCCCCGGCCCGACUCUACAAUCAUACAUGCGAACGUGGGAGGAAGGGAUUCAGAAGCACACAGUCCUGUGGUGCCGGAUCAAGAUGAGGACCAGUUAAAAAUAAUGAUACCUGUUGGAGGUCCAGAUGAACUCGACCCAACAUGCCUGUCUUCUCCCCACCGGAUUCAAACACACCAAGCCUUCAGCCAAGCAGAGAUGGACGCUUCAAAAAACAAGCGAAAGUGUAACCAAUGUCCACUAGUGGACAACGGCUUUACCCUCCUGAAAGACGCCAUUUCUGUCAGAAAACCAGUGCACGAUGAAAUAAAGGUGAUUCCUCAGAAUCAUCAUCAGGUGUCGCAGGAGCAGUCCUACUGCAAGUCAGUGGCAAAGAAAGAGCAGGAGGCACAGCUCUGCAAGCUGCCUCGCCAUCACCCGCUGUUCAGAGAGGUGCACAGCGAUGAAGAGGCGUGUGUAGAUGUGGAAGUUGACCAGGAAGAGAAAGAAGAGUGGGCAAAGCCUCUGACCCCGCUGUGGCAGAGUCGGCCAUUUAACCCCGAGGCAGAGAGGGAGUAUAACAAACGCAUGGGCCAGGAGGCCCCGUACUGCUCCAUCUGCCUCAUCUUCCACACCUACCAUCAGUCGGAGUCCAGCACCGGGAGUUCGGAUGUGAUCUUGGUGAACAAGCCCAGAGGUCGCCAGUGGUCCAAACCGCUCAUCCCAGAAAUGUGUUUCAACACCCAGUCCAGCAGGACCAAUGACAGCGGACAGGGACAGCUGUCGCAUCCUCACGUAGCCGAGGACGGGACCAGCCGGCUGGUCAGCUGUUCCCAGUGCUGCGUCCGUGUACAUACGAGUUGCUACGGCGUUUCUGGGGACGGAGCGGAGCUGGACGAGUGGCUGUGCGCCCGCUGUGAGGUCGACGCCAUCACUGAGGACUGCUGCCUGUGUUCUCUGAGGGGGGGGGCUCUGCAGAGGGCCAACAACGACAAGUGGGUUCACGUGCUGUGUGCCAUCACCGUGCUGGAAGCUCGCUUCGUGGACGUCGCACAGCGGAGUCCCGUGGACCUCUCUGCCAUCCCUCUGCCGCGGUUCAGACUGAAAUGUGCCUACUGCAGGAAGCGGAUGAAGAGGGAAGUGAAGGGCUGCUGUGUCCAGUGCUCCCACGGCCGCUGCUCCACGGCGUUUCACCCCACAUGCGCUCAAGCGGCCGGCGUCCUCAUGCACCCGGAUGACUGGCCGUUCAUAGUUUUCAUCACCUGCCACAGACACAGAGCUCCAGCCAUACCUGAGCGCAACAAAUCUUCCAUGAGGGAGUUGGCAAAGGGCCAGAGGGUGAUCUGCAAGUACAAGAACGGCCGCUACUACCACAGUGAAGUAGUGGAGCUGACCACCGCCACCUUCUACGAAGUGGUGUUCGACGACGGCUCGUACAGCAACAACCUCUUCCCCGAGGACAUCGUGAACCGCGACUGCGUCCACCUCGGCCCGCCUUCUGAAGGUGAAGCUGUUCAGGUGCGAUGGACGGACGGGCUGAUCUAUGGAGCCAAGUUCAUAACGUCCCACUCCAUCCCCAUGUACAUGGUGGAGUUUGAGGAUGGAUCACAAAUCUCAGUAAAGAGAGAAGAGAUCUACACUCUCGAUGAGGAUUUACCUAAAAGAGUGAAGUCGCGCAUGUCGGUGGCGUCGGACAUGCGCUUCAAGCUCUUCACCCAGAGCGAGGUCAAACAGAACUCCAAGCGGCAGCGGGUCAUCAACUCCCGGUACAGAGAGGACUACAUCGAGCCCGUCAUCUACCGCACCAUCAUGGAAUGAAGUUCCCCCGCGAGCUCCGUUUCUCCAGCGUUUCCUGCUCCUCCCGUUCUUCCACCACCUCUCAGGCUCCGCUUUUCUAAGCUACAGCUCGGACCCGAGAGGAUUUGGGAUUUCUUAUAUCUUCAUUUUUCCAUCACACAUCAAUUCCCCUUUUCACGUCACUCUGUAGUUUCCUUUUCUCAGGAAGAAGCCAUCAGAGAAUAAUAAAAAAUGCUCGACCAUGGACUAUCAAACUGGGGCUGUUUUGGUUUUGCUGCCGUAUCUAACGGACGACCGAUGUGCUACUGUCUUAAGUUAUUCACAAUAACGAAGAAAAAGAAGUUCCAGCUCCUCUAUUUUAACUGACCCAAGCAGCCGUCUGACUCAGAGGUUCAUGUUCAGUUGAAAUCCCAAAGAACUGCACAUCACCAGACUGUUUUAAACAACUUUUCAGACUGUACUAGAAGUACCCUCGUGUGGGGGUUCACCUUCACGCAGCGGCGUCGCCGUGCAUCGACUGAGCGGAUCCACGACGCGUUUUAUAAGCCCGAGUCCACGUUUUCAAAGGGCCAAGCAUUAGGUUUUCUUCCGUGAUGACUGUUGUAAAUAAUAUUGCUACAUUUUAUUUAAGCAAGUGCAUAAAUUUUGAUGGAAAAAAAAAACCCGACAUAUUUUUGUCACAUCCUUUUUCAGGCUCAGAUUUAGGACUAUUUAUUAUAUGAUGGAUUUUCAAGCGUGUUUGAGUUUGGAGGCUCGACACUGACCCGCUUGUGGUUCCUCCUGAAACGGUUCCUCCUGAAACGGUUCCUCCUGAAACCGCGCCACUCAACGGGUUCCUCCUGUCGCGGGAUAUUUAGCAUUCGUGGUCUCCAACAGGUCUGGAUUUCAUUGUGUUUUUGAAGUUAGCUCUAGAGAACAGGAUUUCAGGUCAUAGCUCGAUCGCCCGCCAUCCUGCGCCCAGGCAGAGGAGUUUGUCCUCACAUUUAGUCCCUUGUACCUGCUUGAAAUCGGUCUUGUGUAGAAGGGUAGGUAAAGUGGCUGACAUCUCCGUAGGUUCAACGGUGCAGAAACCUUUUAAGCUAUAGUCAAACAUGAAUUGUUUUCUUUUUUUUCUUUUUUUUUUUUCCUGCUUUUGCCUCCAAGGCAGCGGUAAGCCUGUGCACUCUUUGUAAAUGUUAACUGAGUAAAGUUUGGGUAAAAAAAAAAGAAAAG